CAGCCAGAUCCGAUCCUUCUCCAACUCGAUUAGGUACCCUCGCGAUUAGGGACAAACGGUUAAUAAAAUAAUAAAAUAACACCGGCUAGCACCCUACGGUCCCGUCCACUCCACCACCACCACCACCGGCCCUUCUCCAAUCGCCACCGAUUCCUCCGGCCGGAGACCGAUCCCCACCCCCCGCCGCCACCUCCGCCGCCGCAGCAGCCUCCUCGUCGCGCGGCGGCCGCCGUCUCCGCCGCACGCGCCUCGCGCUCGAAACUUGCAUACCUGGACAGCAUUUAAAGGAACGAUGGCACUGUCGCGCAGUAUGAGAACAUGCCUGCAUAGCGGAAGACUUGCCGCCCUGGCAAUACUGGUCUCUGGUGGGAUCGUAUUGCAGAUUUUGGCCUGCGCUCUGUAUAACAACUGGUGGCCAAUGUUGACAGUUCUGAUGUACCUCAUACUACCUAUGCCACUCAUAUUUUUCCUGGGCUCCGAUUCUCCAUCGAUCAUGUCGAAUGAGAAUGAUGGGUGGGUGAACUUCACCAAGUUCCUGACGGGCGCGUCGAUCGUGGGCAGCAUCGCCAUCCCGUCGAUCCUGAAGCAUGCCGGCGUCAUCGGGUGGGGCGCGCUGACAAUGGAGCUGUCCUCCUUUGCCGUCUUCGGGCUGGCCAUCGUGUGGUUCCUCCAGAUGAACUCCGAGGACGAGUACAGCGCCUUCUGAUCUCCAGCGCUUCAUCCUCUCCUGAACCUGUGGUCUGCGUGUUUCUAGCGGCACUUCACUAGAAAUAGGGAUCAUCAACUUGUGAAUAUCUACAGUAUGAUUUGGAGCAUUGGUGUGCUUGACCUUGUUUAUAUCAGUGAAGUGAUCCUAUUCAGUUGCCUGUACAGAUAUCUGCCUGCUAGCAUUUUUUGUUGGUAGGAACUUGAACUUCCAUUGAUGAUCUCACUCACUUGCAUCA